AAUAGUGAUGCUCCUAAGCGCUUGAAUGACAUUGAUGUCCCUUUACUUUCAUUUUAGAAAGAAAGCGGAAACAUGGGUACAUCAUCAGAGACAAACUGCAUACUCUAUGUACGACACCUGCCAUCUGAACUUAACAGCAAUGACAAAGAAGACUUACUUAUACAUUUUGGUGCCACAACAGUUAAAGUUAUGGGAACAAGAGGAUCAAUGAAACAUACAGCUUUCGCCAUGUUUCCUGACCAUGAUUCAGCUAGGAAGGCACUGAACCAGCUUCACCAGCUAGAAGUGUGUGGUUGUAAACUUGUUGUAGAAUUCGCAAAGAGUACCCAGAGUAAAAAUUUCCCAUCCCUAUUAGAAAAAAAGAGAAAGAAACUUACAGAAGGCAGUGAAAUUCUUCAAGACUCCAAAAAAGAGAAACCCGAUGAGUAUCUACCCACAGAAAACACCUUUAAAACAUGGCAGAUGGAAUACCCAAGGAACCCAAAGCUGCACUAUUUAUAUCCUCCACCAACUGUUUCCAUAGUAACCAAUAUUGCCAAUGCUCUGGCUUCAUACCCUAAAUUCUAUGUCCAGGUUCUCCACCUGAUGAACAAGAUGAAUCUACCUCCCCCAUUUGGUACUGUAACUUCUACUCCCCCCAUACCGAGUGAUAAAGAAGAUACACAGAUGUUAGGAAAAGAUCAAUUAGAAGCAGAAGAGAUGGAAGUUAUGAGUGAAGAAGAAUCCGAGAUAGAAAGUGAUGGCGAAAACAAAGGAACAAUUAAAGAAAAAAUAGCUACCAAACGACCAAUGAGGAGGAAAUCCAGGUUACCCAGGAAGAAACCAAAGUUAGCUCCCUUGGUUCCCCAGACAGAGAUAAUACCUGCCAAACCGGCACAAAUACUGAGUACAAAAGAAGUAUUUGAGCAGACAACAACACAGGUUCCACACAAAAAGAUUGAACUCAUACUACCUGAAACAGUUCUUAGCAAAGAUGACGAAAAAGAGCACCCAGACGUGUUGUCAGUGGUCCAGUCAGCUGAACAGACAGUUAAGGAGGAGAGUGGGUUUGGGAAAAUUCAACCUGUGGAAAAGCCUCCACCAGAAGAAGAGUUGAGGGAAUCUGACCUGCCAUACACUGUAGAUCCUACAAAGUUCUUGUCUAUGGCUGAUAUCAGAAGUGGCAGAAUAUCUCCGUCAGAAAUGAAGAAUUUCUCAGUCUUUAAGAAUUAUGACAGCGGUGAGAUUGCAAGUCGAUUAUACAUUAAGAAUCUUGCAAAACACACCACAGAACAGGACCUUGUUAAUAUAUAUGGAGGCUUUGUAAACUGGAGUGAAGAACUGGAGAAAAAUAUAUUUGAUAUACGUUUGAUGAAGGAGGGCAGAAUGAAAGGACAGGCAUUUAUAACAUUUGCCAAUGAAAAUUCAGCUCACAAAGCUCUCAAAGCAACCAAUGGAUUGGUACUCAAUUCCAAACCUAUGGCAGUGCAAUAUGCAAGAUCUGCAAAAGCAAAGGAACCUACAGAGAAAUCUUCAAAGAAAUGAUUUCAUCAGUUAAUGAUAGAGUUUAUGAAGGUCACACUCAGAGAGUACAGCAAGAAUAUUUGAGAGAAAUCGUGGUAGUGAGGUGUGCCGAGAGACGCCUCACAAGAACAGAAAGAAAAUUAUGAUGAACAGAUUUAACUUCUUGGACAUCUUGGAUGUCGGUGAAGCAGGGGUGUUUACAUCAAAAGCAUUGAUCGUACACAAAUGUCCACCAGGUUCUGACCUCAUAUGAAGCCAGCAUGAAGGACAAAGUGUAUAAUGUAUAUCAUAACAGUCUAAUCCGAGGAUAUUCCACCUUUGUGUUCAAUAAAAGUGUGUGCAUUUGAAUGAAGGAUUUUUGUAGAGAAUCAUAUGUAUACAUUUGUUUAUGGAUAACAUACAUGUACAUAUAAAUAGCACUUUGAAAAUUUCA